AUGGCUGCCGGAGGAAGUCCUCCAGCUCAGUGGAAUGGAUUGCCCGAGCCUUCGACCACCUAUGGUCACAACUAUUUAACACAACUAGCCGACGGGCAUAAAGGUCUACAGCGAUGCUUGGAGCCUGGCCUGGCCCUUUCAGAAACUGUAACAAUUUACAUCCGGUCACAAAACACCCUGGUGUCGCACCUACAGUGUGAAAGUGGAGGACGCGGCUUGGAAGGGCAUAUGCACACCAAGAGUCUGGUCCCGCAUGUAGUCGCUGCCGUCCUGGUCCUCAGUCCGAAUUGGGAUGUACCCAUGGGAACCACUCUCCACACAGGAGAUGAUGUCUGGAUUAACAUGCCUCAAAAGCUGAACAUGAGGGCACGGAAAGGCGGGUCUAUGGCAUUGGAUACCCUCAGGAUCCAGACACUAAGAGAUCGGCUACUGAGCAAAAAAGGGCCAUGA